AUGUCAGAGUCUUCGGAGCCGACCGCCACUGCGACCGCAGCUCGGGCCUUCGGUGCGCAUCUGGAAGAUGACGAUGGACUCGACGGCGAGUUUGGCACGGCCACCGAGUACUCCGACCAGCUCGAUUACUACUCUCUACUCGGUCUUGCACAGAAACCUCCUCCGACCGAUGCCGAAAUUCGAUCCGCAUACCGCAACCUGACCUUGAUGUUCCACCCCGACAAGCAGCCGUCGCAUUUACGGGAAUCCGCUGAACUGCAUUUUAAGCGCAUCCAAACCGCAUAUGAUACCCUGAUUGAUCCCAAGAAGCGCGUUGUAUAUGAUCUACUUGGAGCCGAAGGUGUUGCUAGAGAAUGGGGCCAUGGUGGUGCAAUGGGUGCUGGAGGGGACGCGGAGAGGCAGCAAGUGGGUGUAAAGGCGAUGACGCCGGAGGAAUUUCGUCGCUGGUUCACCAAGACCAUGAAGAAACGCGAACGGAAAGCUGUGCAGGAAUUGGUCGAGAGUCGGGGCUCCAUCACCCUUGGACUCAAUGCAGAUUCGACGAUUCGCGUUGACGAGGAUGAUGACGUGACUGUUCAGAUCCCUGAAAAGGUCGUUCCGAUGUCUUACGCUGCCAAGUAUUCAUUUCAGACUCCUUUGAGCUUGCCCACCUUUUGGCAAAAAGUGAAGGAAGAGGAGGUACAGGAUCAACAAAAGGAAACCCCCGAUGCGGACAUUGUGGAUGAAGAAACAGAGGAUCUUGUGCAUGUGACCUUCAAUGCAGGAAUCGCCGGCAAUAUCGUUCAUCGCAGGCAGCACGCAAAGGCUCAAUUCGAGGAUGGUACAGAGGAAGAUAUGGAAAUUCCUUUGCCUCCAGUUAUGGUUGCCAGUAAUAUAAGCCUAGGCGCCACUUUGACACCUAAUGUUAGGGAGUUAAUCGGCACCAAGGGUAUUUGGAAUAACCGGCUGUUUUCAACAUUGAGGGAUUCAACCGUCCUGGUGGAAACCAACGUUUUGCCUGUUCCACUUUUGAGGACAACGGUUGCUCGAGCCUUCCAACCGAUUCCUGGGAUCAAGCCUUUCCAGGUCACUACGAAAACCACCUUUAUGCGCUCCCUCUUGGAGUCUCCACCUUCGUUUGAAGUGCAUGUCACAAAGGAAGUUGCCCCAAGAAAGCUUGCUUUCUGUGCUUGGUCAAGUGGUCUCUGGUAUUAUCCAGAUUUCCUGCUUGACAAUUUCUUUUUCCGUGGAAUGACUUUGGAGGAUAUGUAUGCCUCCGCUGGUGAUCUCAGCAGCCUCCAAAUUGGUCUGAUCUCUCUACCAAAACAGCCAUUGAAUGCUAUUUCAAUGGACGAGGAUGAUGCAGAGUCUGAAGAGGCAGAAUUGCGCCGACAUCUCCUGAAGAAGCAGGUGACCGAUCGUGCAGCCGAAUCUUGGCAGACAUUUGUUCAAGUUUCCCCAGGGGGAGGUGGUUUGGGUCUAACAUAUUCACGGAAUCUGUUUUCAGGCACACCAGCCAAUGAUCCUGUGAAGUCAGAAUGGAGUGAUGAGGGCUAUGCUCCGAUGGCGAAGAUGGAAGAGGCUCGAGCUGUACGUGUAGAGGUCUCCACUACAGUCAGCCCGGAUCUCUCCUUUGUAUGGAAUAUUAAAGGUACCCGUCGUGUUGGUGAAUUCACUAAGAUGGGCAUUGGAAUUGGCCUCGCUGAUCACGGUAUAUUGAUGACGAUUGGCUGGUCACGACUUGGUCAGGGUCUCAACUUGCCUAUCGUGAUUUGCUCUAAGGAUGAGGCCACACACGACGCUGCUAUAUUGGCAAGUAUCUUCACUUGGGCUAGUUAUCUUGCCAUCGAAUUUGGAUAUGUCCGACCACGUGAUAGAAAGCGACGUCGCGAAGCAGCUGCUCGUCGUCACAACCAACUGAAAAAGCUGGUUCCGAAGAAGCGUGCGGAAAGUGAACAAGCGAUCCAGCUCAUGACAGACCAAGUUCGAAGACGGCAGAUGCGCGAGUACGAACAGGAUGGCUUAGUGAUCGACCGGGCUGAGUAUGGAUACUGGCCACCGACCGAUCGCAAACCCCGGCCUGGUUUUGAAGAACCUCGCACGACGGAUGUUUUCUUCCCUGUAGCUAACCUCGUCGACCGGGGCCAGCUGGUAAUUAGUGCGAAGACCGUCAAGCAUCAAAUAAUUGGUUUCCAUGACCCAGCACCGCUGCUGAAGAAGCGGCUGAAGAUUUGGUACACUUUCCAGAACCGUUCUCACUUUGUGGACAUUGCCGACAAGGAGGGUGUUAUCUUGCCACAGCGCUCCCACGUGUGUCCCGAGUCUGAGCAGUUCAAUCCGCUGGCUACUAACUAG